AUGGACGGCGAUUAAGCAGAGGUGAAAGAACAGAGUCACUCUUCAGAGUCCAUUGAGAGUACUGGAGGUACCAACAAGGGUGACCGAUGCUCAGAUGUCCGCAGUUCUGCAGAAGUAAAAUAUGAUAAGGAUGAAUACUUGAUGAUGCCUCCAGAAGAAAAACUCAAACAUAACUGUCGAGCUCAGGUCAACGAGGACGAUCAGGAGGGGUUGGACCCUGCGCCAAAAGGGGGGAAGUGUUGGGGACUCCAAACAGUUGAGCACUUAGCCCUUGCCGGAGAGUUGCUCCAUUCUCGAUCCUCUGUCUCUGCCUGUGAAGGUGAAAAGCUGGAGUCUCUUGCAUGUCUCCUGAGUAUACACCACACACAACUUGACCUUCUAACCUUGGAGGAAGCAGACUCGUCUUUCCUGAAGGCAGAGAAAUAUCUGGGGGAGCUUUAUCGACAUGAGGUCCUGAACCAGGAAAAGAUAAAGACUCAGCUGGAAAUCGCCAGUGGUCUAUACAGGCCUUACAACAUCUCCAACUCUGAACAAGAAACCAUGGAGCAGUAUAUUAUUGUCUCCCUCAAAGCAGCCUUCAGCUUUGAAUCUGUUCAUGGCGCCACCAUCUUCACCAAAUUAGAUCUCCGCAACGCAUACCAUCUGGUCCGCAUUCAUGAAGGUGAUGAAUGUAAGAUGUCAUUUAAAUCACCUAUCGGCCACCGUGAGCAUCUUGUUAUGCCCAUCAGUCUCACCAGCGUCCCUGCCAUCUUUCAAGCCCUCUUCAACGACACGCUUAGGGAAUUUAUAAACAUCUUUGUAUUGGUUUACCUGGACAACAACCUCCGAUGUCUCUGUACUAACAAUCCUACUUCUGGAUUCAUCGUCUUGUAUGGCCUGAGUCUCACUUUCCAAAUCUCUCAGAUCAAACUGGUCCAAACCAGUGCUUUGUGCCCUCCAGCCAGACCCCCUUCACCUGCCCAUGAAGUCAACAGCCAUUCUGCCUUCAGUGUUCGUCAUGUUGUGGACGCCCGUCAUAGUGGACGUGGCAUGUACAUGGCUGCCAUUGAACAUAACAGAGAUCACUUGGACAGAACCAUAGAAUAUCUCUCCAAGGCUCCUGCCAUAGCUAUGAUUCACAGUCCAAAGGGUCCAGAAGGGGCUCAGAUCUCCCACAGCCUGGCCUUUAUCCUUUCUGCUGCACCAGACCAACAUCACAAUGAAACUUCGGGUCACUAUUUUGAGCGAAGUCUACAUGUUUACAGGAACUCAGGUCCACAUGAUCCAGCUUUUCUUGCUGCCCAGGAUAACUUCUGUCGCUACGUCUUGAUUAAUGGACAGCAGGAGAAAUGUAUAGAGAUCCAGAGAGCCUCUUUUAAGUCUAAAAGAUCCACAUUUGGUGACCUGAGCUCUGAGGUAGCAGAGACUCUUCAGCUGAUUGGAAGUGUGGAGAUGACGGAGCGGAGGAUGAACCAAGCUCACAGGACCAUGACAAAGAUUGUCAUUGUUCAGAGCGUGUUGUAUGGUCCUCAGCAAAAGAAAACCAAAGUUGUCCAGAAAGCUGUGGACAUUUUGGCAAGGGCACCGGAAGUAGCUGAAAGACAACAGAGGCAAAGCAGAGGAAAAGACAAAAACUUGACACAUUUCCAGAUACCGUCCAGUGCUAAAGAUGUUUGACAUUUGAAAUGUAAUUUUUCCUCACUUCUGUACUUUUUGUCAAAAACAUUUGUUACUAUAAUACGCCUAA